AUGUGGGAAGCUGAUCUCCGGAUCAGGGAACGCAUGCGUUUCAAUGAUGCCAAGCUGCUGGUGUGGCCGAAGAACAAGCAGGGUAAGGAGAUGGUUGGCCAGCCUUCAAUGCAAGCACUGGCCAUGAACAGCCACAUCAUGACCCUCAUGGUUUCAGCUUUGCGUCGGCUGUGCGCUGUCAACCCUGACUUGGGCACUCUUCAAUGUGAUUCCUGGGGAGUUAAGAAGCUGUUUUCCUAUGGCUGUCGUCGAGCUGGAUUUGACAAGACCUUGUCCAAGAGCCCUCAGCGGAGAGACAUUGGAGUGAGCGACUUCUAUGGGGAACUCUUCAAAUGGUGGAGUCUCAGAAUUCGCAGGGGUGGUUCUUCAUCUUCUCUUGGUGGCAUUGACUCUCAAGUCAUUGAGCUGGAAGACUCUGGGGAUGAGGCGGGUGAUCUCAGCAUCAUCAUGGAAGUGAAACUCAAGAAGGACCCUGAGGAGUUGGAUGAGUUGGCAGGAGGUGAUCUGAAGGAGAAUUUGGCGGUGACGGUAGCGGCUGUUGACCCUUACCUGGAAACUGGCAUGAUGAGUGCAGAGCUCCAGGACUACACCGAGUCAACAAUGGCCAUCUUGAAUGAAGCCAUGAAUGCGGAAGCUGAAGAUGAAGUUGGGGCUUCAUCCAUCUACCUAGAACCCGAAUACCCUCCCGAGAAGGUCACUGAAGCCAAAGAGGUUGAGCCCGGACAUGCUGAUCAACUUCGACAACCAGCAGUGACAACUGAAGCUGAGGUGCCUCCAGCUAGUGCCCCGUCCAAGGGGUUCACGCCGAUUGAUGUGAAGGCUUGCACUGUCAAGGAUGUGGAGGAGCGGAUUCGCUUUCUGCAGCACUUGGGUGUCAAAUCAAUAUCUUUUAUGUGUGUUUUCUUGGUAGUUUGGAACGGCCUGUUUUUUUUCUUUCAAGCCACAUGGUUUAUAUAUAUAGGGAUGUUUUUGGCACAACUUAAGAAGAAGGAGGUUGCGGAGGUUGCUACGGACUUCGCUGAUACCCUUCCGUUUGAUCCAUCUCCAGUUGCGUCAGUCUUGAAGAAGCAGCUUUCUGAGAUUGAAGUGGUUGACUCACAGGAUUCUCCACCCAAGACUUCUCAGGUGUGCAGGUCUUUGGCCCACGAGUUUUCUGACAUCGAUGCGAAGUCAGGCAUGGCCUGA